UGAAUGGUGUACCCUAGUUAACGUUAGUGUGCCAGACAAUCAAAAAGAGGACUGUUCUCUGAAAAUUCUUUCCUCGACCACGAAAGGGGGCCCCCAUGCUGCACUAAUCAGGAACACAGAGUUUAUCAGGUUGUCAUUCGUCCUUCCUGGCUCGGUCGUUGGGGGCCGCCCUCUGAAGCACCAGGAGUCCAGAGAACGUGAGGGAGAUUCCCACCCACCACAACGCAAUCUGGGUCUCCCCAAAGAUAAGCUGCCCCAAAAAGGCCUGUGGCACAAUACAGGCAUUUCAAUUUAGUGCACCAUACAUUACACUUCUCUGACAGCACUUAAAAAGGAAAAUCUGUGUUACGUUUAUUAAUUCAAACCAUACACUUGUAGGCUAUUAUACAUUAUUUACAAGUAAUUCUAAGUUUCUUUUCCACAGGGAAACAUGUACUUACGGAAGAUACGAAGUUGGAAGCGGUAGUGGUCACAGUGGUUCGGGUGGAGGAGGAAGAGUACCGGAGCGCCUUAGCGAGGAACGUCCACAUCACAGCAUUACAUGUCAUGCAGCCCCCUGAAAGACAUGACAUCUGGUCAUGUGAAGCCUGCCGAAGAUUGUGGAUGUUUGCUCUACACAUGCAUUAUUCACAAAGCCCACAGUAUUUUGUGCUGGACCCAGAGCUGGGACAGCUGCAGUACUUUGUACAUGAACAUGGCAAGAGCCAGAAGCCCAGGGGCUCCCUGCCUCUGAUUGGUGCGUCGGUUGUCCAGAGUGAUGAGGCACCACACAUGUUUAUCGUCAACUCAUUCAAUGGCGAGCUUUACAAGCUCAGAGCAUCCGACGCCAAAGAGCAGCAGUUCUGGAUGAACCAACUCCAAGCGUGCGCCAGACGCCAUUCCGACAGCAGUGCCAAGGUCUGGAAGCUUAAGGGAUCGGAUGAGCACCUGAGUGUGGAGAGAACGACGGGAGGCAGCCAGGAGGGGCUGGGCUCAUCGUCUUCUGGUCGGUCCCGUAGCGUCUCCCUCCUCCCCCACCUCCCACCAGCCUCCUCAUCGCCUGGUAUCCAGAGGCACUUGGCGUGUCCGGGCACACCGAGCAACAUCGUGACCAUCACCCACCACAAGUCCCCAGCCGCUGCUCGACGGGCUAAGAACCAGUAUCCCGGCCGACUACUGGAGGUCAAAGAGGCGGUGAGCCAAGCAGAGGGCCAACAGAAGAACCUGGUCCAGUCCAUCGAGUCCCUCCCCACGCGAGGACCCCUUUCCUGCCUGGACCAGGACCUCCUGCUCCUCAAAGCCACGUCGGCCGCCACCCUGAGCUGCCUGGGAGAGUGCCUGAACAUCCUGCAACAGACCCAAACCCACAGCCAGCCCCAGGCCUCCCAGCCCAACCACACCCGCGGUCCCCCCUCCGAUGGUGUUCCUGUGUGGAGUGUACCAAAGUUGCCCUCGGGGGAGCACCUGAAGAACGGCGUCCCAACCCCUCUACAUUCUGCCGAGCCCUCCCCAGCCCUCAGGAAAAAAAGCCCUGCCCAUGGUGCUGAGCACCCAGCGGGGUUGGAGGCCGUCAGCCCCAGUGAGGAGGUGACUGACAUGGAGGACAAUGACGAGGAGGACCUGGGAGUGUUGGACGACCAGCGGAGCAUCAUCCUGCACCUCCUCUCCCAGCUCAAACUGGGCAUGGACCUCACCCGGGUGGUGCUGCCCACGUUCAUCCUGGAGAAGCGCUCCCUGCUGGAGAUGUACGCUAACUUCAUGGCCCACCCGGACAUGUUCCUGUCCAUCACGGCUGGAGCCACGGCGGAGGACCGCAUCGUACGCUUCGUCGAGUACUAUCUUACCGCCUUCCACGAGGGACGCAAAGGAGCUGUGGCCAAGAAGCCCUACAACCCGGCACUGGGCGAGACAUUCCACUGUUCCUGGGAGGUGCCUCGGGACAGAGUGAGGCCCCUCAGGUCUCAGGGCCCCAGGGAAGCAGCCUCCAGGGGCCCCAUCAACACCCAACAGCAGGACGAUCCAUCGGGGACUGAGUGUUACCGGGUUCGCUACGUGGCUGAGCAGGUGUCACACCACCCGCCCGUCUCAGGAUUCUACUGCGAGUGCCCAGAGAGGAAUAUGUGUGUCAACACCCAUGUGUGGACAAGAAGCAAGUUCAUGGGCAUGUCCAUUGGUGUAUCCAUGAUAGGGGAAGGGACCUUAUGCCUUCUGGAGCAUGACGAGGAGUACGUCUUCACGCUGCCCUGUGCCUACGCCCGCUCCAUCCUCACCGUGCCAUGGGUGGAGCUGGGUGGCAAAGUCACCAUUAACUGUGCCAAGAGUGGCUACUCAGCCACAGUCACAUUCCACACCAAGCCUUUCUAUGGAGGGAAGGUACACAGGGUGACUGCAGAAAUCAAACACAAUCCGACCAACACUAUUGUGUGCAAGGCCCAGGGGGAGUGGAACGGAACCCUGGAGUUCACCUAUAGUAGUGGGGAGACCAAAGUGAUUGACACAACCAAACUGCCAAUCAUCAAGAAGAAGCUCCGGCCUGUGGAAAAGCAGGGACGGAAUGAGUCCAGGCGGUUAUGGCAGCAUGUCACCAAGUCACUGAAGGAGGGGAACAUGGACGAGGCCACGGAACACAAGCAUCGUCUAGAGGAGCGCCAGAGAAGGGAGGAGAGGCAGAGAGCUGAGGAUAACUUGCCCUGGACACCCACAUAUUUCAGCAAAAAGGGAGAAGGCUGGAUCUACCACAAUACUCUGUGGAAAUCUCACUGGCACAAGAACCAGACUGCUCUAACAGAGUGCCUCUAUCCCCCUAAAUGAGGGGCUAGGCCAGGGGAAGGAUAAUGAUGGAACAGCAGUAUUGAGGGAGUGAUGCCACUCUAUUGGGACCUGAGAUAUUGACUCUUAAUGACAUGGACAAAGGACACACUCAUGUGGAUCAAGGUGCCAAAGUGGUUUCCACUUGAACUACGAGGGUGGGGGCGGGACAAAUAUCGAUUUUUUUUUUAUAGUGUUCGAGGUAGAGCAUUUAGAUUUUUCACUUUGCCCAAGGCAAUAUCUUUUCCAAAUGCACAGUAUGAUAUGAUUUGCCACCGGUAUUUUGUACCAGUUGUGUUGACACGUACAUGGUCCAUUUUGGUCCAAUCGCCUUUAUUUGUCAUGCAGCAUCAGAAUGCAAUGGUAGAAGAAUGCAGAUGGCAUCAGGAGGAGUCCAUUGCAGUGUUGGUGGGAUACAACCGUGAUCAUGGCAGAGAUGCGUUUGUGUUACAUGAGUUCCCGUCCUGUUUUUAACAAAUGCUGAUGACUAGAAGUAGCCGAUUUCCUACCACUUUUCCAUUCCACCCAUCCUUAUCCCAUCCCGACCUUUGGAAGGAGUUUCGACCAUUCCUGAACGGAGCUGUCUGCCUCAGCUCUUCCAUGCAAACAGAUUUCCCAUCACUCUCUUCCCCACUUAUUGCGGUCGUAAUACCACACCGUCACCGUUUUUGUCUUUAGGUUCCAACGGCGUGUCGAACUGUCCAUCUCCCGGUGGGGGUCUGUCCUUCUUCCAGGGACGUGUCCUUAGGUUGGCAUUGAUGUCACAUAAUUAAGCUGGGGCUGAACCCAGCUCACGAACUCCUCAUGCUAAUAUCUCAGUGGGCUGCCUCUGCAUUGAAUAUGGAUGAGGUGCACAGGAAGAUACAACCACAUUCUCACAGAGGGGCACCGUCUCUCCAGAUGUCCUUCUGAAUUAUAUUGUUGACAGGAUAUGAGGUACGGUGGUGGUGGUGGUAGAGGGGAUGUUUUGGGUCAUACAUAGCUAUUAUACGUUUACGUUUUCACAAAAUGUACUAACUGACGUACAGUAUAUACUGUGUAUAUAUUUAGUUAAAUACUAUUAUACAGUGCAUUCGGAAAGUAUUCAGACCCCUUGACUUUCUCCACAAUUUGCAAAAAUACCUGUUUUUGCUUUGUCGUUACGGGGUGUUGGGUGUAGAUUGAUGGAUUUUUAAAAAUGUAUUAUGUUGAUCCAUUUUAAAAUAAGGCUGUAAUGGAACAAACGUUAGAGCCUUAUUCUAAAAUUGAGGAAAUUGUUUUAUUUAAUCAUCGAUCUACACACAACACCCCAUAACGACAAAGCAAAAAUUGUUUUUUAGAAAUGUUUGCAAUUGUAUUAAUUUUUUUUUUUAAACAUACCUUAUUUACAUAAUUAUUCUGACCCUUUGUAAUGAGACUGGAAAUGUAAUGUGGAAAAAGGGGUUGGAAUACUUCCAAAUGCGCUGUAUCUGAUUGCCUUUAUUAUAUUUAUUAUUCAGCCAAACAACUAAUGGAACAUCUUUGUUUUUAGUUUGCUCCAUAUUUUAGUCUUAGAAUAGUGAUCUAGAUUAUAGUGAUAGUGAUCUAUAUUCUCUGGUUGUGAAGUAAUUUCAACCAUCCAUGACUAUAGACUGUGUGUCUUGCAGCAUUACAUUGUAGUACUAUCACGGUAUCUCUAUUAACGUCAGGAUCUCCUUGCAGUCCAAAUGAGAAAAUCAGCAGGGAUGAAAAGUAGCUGUCCAGUUUCUUGCAGCUACUGAGUAAUUUGGAGAAGGGCCCCGAUUCCAACUUUAAGAAAUAGCGCACUUCUCACGCACGCCUUUCCUAUGCACUUCUCAAUAGUUGGUAUUCCGACUUACCUUAUGAAAGUGCCUACCGGGCUUUGCAGAUGUGGUUCCCUUGCACGCACUGAAUAAAUUAAACUGCUGAAUUACCAUCCCACUUCCUGGCCAACAGAUUUUCUUGUGGAGUAUUUAAUCAAUAGGGUUUUCAAUACAUUAGCCAUCCCUUUCAAUAUGGUGUGCCUUUUAGUUUGAAUUUUGUCGAAAGACUCAAUAGAAUAUAUUGAGAGAACAGAAUGUUAGGGAUCAUUGAAAUAAAACCAUCUAAAUAUAUAUACAUGUCUCAGUUUCAGCACCAAUUGGUCGAUUUAAGAAUACUCAGAUCUUGUAGAUGAUUUAGGGUUUAGCAACAACCACAUGGCCGUGACUUAACAGUCAAACGUUUACUUACGGGCCCUUCCCAACAAUGCAGAGAGAAAAUUAUAAGAGUCCAAGGAAUAAAUAGAAAAAUAAUAACACAAGGAAUGAAUCGAAUCAAAUUGUGUUGGUCACAUACAAAUGGUUAGCAGACGUUAAUGCGAGUGUAGCGAAAUGCUUGUGCUUUUCGUUCCGACAGUGCAGUAAUAUAUAACAAAUUCACAAUGACUGACUUAUACACACAAAUGUAAAGGAUAAGAAUAUGUACAUAUAAAUAUAUAGUGAGCGAUGGCCGUGCGGCAUAGGCAAGAUGCAGUAGAUGGUAUAGAAUACAAUAUAUACAUAUGAGAUGAGUAAUUAAAGUGCCGUUAUUUAAAGUGACUAGUGAUACCUUUAUUAAAUGUAUUAAAUUGGCCAGAGAUUUGAGUCUGUUGGCAGCAGCCACUCAAUGUUAGUGAUGGCUGUUUAACAGUCUGAUGGCCUUGAGAUAGAAGCUGUUUUUCAGUCUCGCUCCCAGCUUUGAUGCACCUGUACUGACCUCGCCUUCUGGAUGAUAGUGGGGUGAACAGACAGACAGUGGCUUGGGUGUUUGUUGUCCUUGAUGAUCUUUUUGGCCUUCCUGUGACAUCGGGUGGUGUAGGUGUCCUGGAGGGCAGGUAGUUUGCCCCCGGUGAUGCAUUGUGCAGACCUCACUACCCUCAGGAGAGCCUUACGGUUGUGGGCGGAGCAGUUGCCAUACCAGGCAGUGAUACAGCCCGACAGGAUGCUCUCGAUUGUACAUCUGUAAAAGUUUGUGAGUGUUGUAGGUGACGAGGUUGAAAAGGCGCUGUUGUGCCUUCACCACGCUGUCUGUGUGGGUGGACCAUUUCAGUUUGUCCGUGAUGUGUACGCCGAGGAACUUAAACGUUCCACCUUCUCAACUACUAUCCUGUUGAUGUGAAUAGGGGGGGGUGCUCCCUCUGCUGUUUCCUGAAGUCCACGUUCAUCUCCUAUGUUUUGUUGACGUUGAGUGAGAGGUUAUUUUCCAGACACCACAUUCCGAGGGCCCCCACCUCCUCCCUGUUGGCCGUCUCGUCGUUGUUGGUAGUCAAGCCUACCAAUAUAGUGUCUGCAAACUUGACAAUUGAGUUGGAGGCGUGCAUGGCCACAGUCAUGGGGUAAACAGGGAGUACAGGAGAGGGCUGGGAACACACCCUUGUGUGGCCCAAGUGUUGAGGAUCAGUGGGGUGGAGAUGUUUCCUACCUUCACCACCUGGGGGAGGCCCGUCAGAAAGUCCAGGACCAGGUUGCACAGGACGGGGUACUAGUACUGAGUCCAUGUGCAGGGGUAGAUUUGUAAAUAUAGGUAGGGAUAAAGUGACUAGGCAAUGGGAUAGAUGAUAAAAUAUUUAGCAGUUUUAUAGCUUGGGGCUAUAAGCUCUUCAGUGUCCUGUUGGUUCCAGACUUGCUGCAUGUUGCCUAGUCCAGGAUCCAGUUACAGAGAGUGUUUAAUCCCAUGGUCCUUAGUUUAGUGAUGAGCUUGAAGGGCACAAUGGUGUUGAACGUCAAUGAACAGCAUUCUCACAUAGGUGUUCCUUAUGUACAGGUGGGAAACGGCAGUGUGGAGUGAGUCAUCAGUUGGGGCGGUAUGCUAAUUGGAGUGGUCCAGGGUGUCUGGGAUGAUGAUGUUGAUGUGAGUCAGCCUUCGAAAGCAUUUCAUGGCUACAGAUGCGAGUGCUUCGGGGCGAUAGUCAUACAGGUUACCUUGGCAUUCCUGGGCUCAGGGACUAUGGUGGUCUGCUUGAAACAUGGAGGUUUUACAGACUGGGUCAGGGAGGUUGUGCUUAGCACUCCACUCCUCAACCAUUACAAGCAUACCCAUAACAUGAUGCAGCCACCACUAUGCGUUGUAUUGGUCUUGCUUCAAACAUAACGCAUUGCCACAUUUUUACAGAAUUACUUUCGUAACCUUAUUUUUAUUAUGUACAGGCUUCACCACAAUCAAAGAGAUAUGCCCUUCUUCGUGGGGAAUUGGUCUUCGUGGUCAUUGCUCAACUGAGGGACCUUACAGAGACGAGGUAGUCAUUCAAAACUCAUGUUUAACACUAACAGUGACAUGCUUACCCCAGAAUUUAUUUAGGCUUUCCAUAACAAAGGAGUUGAAUACUUAAUGACUUGGAAAACAACUCUACAUGACAUUAUUGGGGUAUUGUGUAUAAGCCAAUGACAAAAUCUCUAUAAAACAUUUUUAAUGCAGGCUGUAAUAAAACGUGGAAAAAGUCAAGGGAUGCGAAUACUUUUGGUCCCCUAAAAUUGGGGGACCGUGUGCAAAAAGUGCUGUCAUCUCUAAAAGUUUCACCCAAAAUGUAUGAGAAUACCCUCAAAUUAAAGUUGACGGUCUGCACUUUAACCUCAGUCGUUAUAUGAUUUCAAAUCCAAAAUGCUGGAUUAGGAGAGCCAAAACAAACAAAAAAUGUCAAUGUCCCAAUACUUUUGGAGAUCACUCACUAUAUCUAAAACAAGUGUCAUUUAUUUUUACAAUUCCCUUGUCCAAAUGGACUACUCAGUUUAUUAAUAUAAUCUUAUCAAAUUGUAAAUUACAGUGCAUGGAGAAUGGUGUUAUUUCUAAUCAGGGAAAAAAAUUAAGUAGAUGCUUUUUCUACUUGGAACCGGUAGGUUCGAUAGACCUUAUUCGUGGUUUCCUCACGCUUAAAGGUGGUAGAAUUAAGUUAAGAUCAGAAUACGGUUUGUCUGUAGACAUACACUAGCGGUCAAAAGUUUUAGAACACCUACUCAUUCAAGUUAUUUUAUUUUAUUUGGACUUUUCUACAUUGUAAAAUAAUAGUGAAGACAUCAAAACUAUGAAAUAGCACAUAUGGAAUCAUGUAGUAAAAAAAUAAUAAUAAUAAUAAUCUAAAAUUCAACAAAUAGCUACCCUUUGCCUUGAUGACAACUUUGCACACUCUCAACCAGCUUCACCUGGAAUGCUUUUCCAACCAUCUUGAAGGAGUUCCCACAAAUGCUGAACACUUGUUGGCUGCUUUUCCUUCACUUUUGAUCCAACUCAUCCCAAACCUUCUCAAUUUGGUUGAUGUCGGGGGAUUGUGGAGGCCAAGUCAUCUGAUGCAGCACUCCAUCUUGGUAAAAUAGCCCUUACCCAGCCUGGAGGUGUGUGGAGUCAUUGUCCUGUUGAAAAACAAAUGACAGUCCCACUAAGUACAAACCAAAUGGGAUGGCGUGUUGCUGCAGAAUGCUGUUGUAGCCAUGCUGGUUAAUCGUGCCAUGAUUUCUAAAUAAGUCAGUGUCACCAGCAAAGCACCCCCACACCACCUCCUCCGAAUGUGUAUUUCCAACCGUAUGGAGCAUGGAGAUCUGUUCACCCACGUGUCUCAAAGACAAAGAUGUUGGAACCAAAAAUCUCCAAUUUUGGACUCCAGACCAAAUGACAAAUUUCCACUGGUCCUAAUGUCCAUUGCUCGUGUUUCUUGGCCCUAGCAAGUCUCUUCAUCUUAUUGGUGUCCUUUAAUAGUGGUUUCUUUUGUAGCAAUUCAACCAUGAAGGCCUGAUUGACACAGUCUCCUCUGAACAGUUGAUGUUGAGAUGCGUCUGUUACUUGAACUCUGUGAAGCAUUUAUUUGGGCUGUAAUUUCUGAGGCUGGUAACUUUAAUGAACUUAUCCUCUGCAGCAGAGAACUCUGGUUCUUCCAUUCCUGUGGCGGUCCUCAUGGGAGACAGUUUCAUCAUAGCGCUUGAUGGUUUCUGACUGCACUUGAAGAAAUGUUCAAAGUUCUUGACAUUUUUCGUAUUGACUGACCUUCAUGUAAUGGACUGUCGUUUCGCAAUGCUUAUUUGAGCUGUUCUUGCCAGAAGACCAACUUGGUCUUUUACCAAACUGAAAUGCAUUCCAGGUGACUACCUCAUGAAGCUGGUUGAGAGAAUGCCUUGAUGACAGCUUUGCACACUCUUGAUUUAACACAUGUAAUCAGUGUUAUUUCAUAGAUUUGAAAUCACUAUUCUAGAAAAUAGUAAAAAUAAAGAAAAAACAUUUUGACUGAUAGUGUACCUCCGCUUUUUCAAUCUCCAUCCCAAAUGAAUAGCAGGUGAAUGGAAAGCUAGUCUAAUACUUAAGUUCAAGGUCAGAAUACACAAAGUGCAUUAAAAAAAGGAAUUACGUUCCAUUUACAAGCGCUUAAUUAACUUGGGUCGGAAUCGGGCCCCAAUUGUGUUCUUGAAUUACUAGGGAUCGUGACCUGAACUACUGGAAAUAAGAUGCAUGAUUUUGAUUAGAGUCCCCAGCACACCGAACUCAAGACAAGCGCAGGUAUUGAUACAGUCAAUAUACAUGAUCACUGUCUGAUGGGACUGGCGUUUCCAAAACAGGAUAGUGACUGUGGCUUAUUUGGAAGGAUCUGCUCACAAAUAGAUAUUAUGAAUGAAUGUGUGUACAUUAAUAAACAUUUCACUGCAAUGUAUCCAAGAGCUUGAACCAAACUUCACUUGGGUAAAUAACCUAUGCAACACCAUUUUAUAACAUACACGACAUGGACAAAAUUAUGUGGAUUUGGCUUUUUCAGCCAAACCCGUUGCUGACUGGUGUAUAAAAUUGAGCACACAGCCACGCAAUCUCUAUAGACAAGCAUAGGCAGUAGUAGAAUGGCCUGUACUCAGUGACUUUCAAUGUGGUACCGUCGUAGGAUGCCACCUUUCCAACAAGUCAGUUCCUCAAAUUUCUGCCCUGCUCGAGCUGCCCCUGUGAAGUGGAAACGUCUAGGAGCAAUAACGGUUCAGCCGCAAAGUAGUAGGCCACAAGAGCUCUGUCCUUGGUAGCAACACACACUACAGAGUUCCACACUGCCUCUGGAUGCAAUGUCAGCACAAGAACUGUUCGUCGGGAGCUUCAGGGUUUCUAUGGCCUAGCAGCCGCACACAAGCCUAAGAUCACCAUGCACAAUGCCAAACGUUGGCUGGAGUGGUGUAAAGCUUGCCACCAUUGGACUCUGGAGUGAUGAAUCACGUUUCUCUAUCUGGCAGUGCGACAGAAAUCUGGGUUUGUCAGGAGAAUACCCGCCCAAAUGCAUAGUGUCAACUGUAAAGUUUGGUGGGGGUGUUAUUCUUGGUUCGAGCUAGUUCUUCAGUGAAGGGAAAUCUUAAAGCUACAGAAUAUAUUGACAUUCUAAAUGAUUCUGUGCUUCCAAAUUUGUGGCAACAGUUUGGGAAAGGUCCUUUCCUGUUUCACCAUGACAAUGCCUCCGUGCACAAAGCGAGGUCCAUACAGAAAUGGUUGUCGAGAUCAGUGUGGAAGAACUUGUGGCCUGCACAGAGCCCUGACCUCAAUCCCAUUGAACACCUUUAGGAUGAAUUGGAACGCUGACUGCGAGCCACACCUAAUAUCAGUGCCUGACCUCACUAAUGCUCGUGGCUUAAGUCCCCGCAGCAAUGCUACAACAUCUAGUGAGGAAAAAAAUCCUGGAGGCUGUUAUAGCAAAGGGAGGAGGGGUGUCCAUAUUAAUGCACAUGAUUUUGGAUUGAGAUGUUCGAUGAGCACUUGGCCAUGUAGUGUAGGUUGAAUAGGGUAGGGACAUUGUCUUAUUCUAAAGAAUGUGCCCUGGCAAUCACAAUAAGCCUCUUGUCAUAAUAAAACGUUAAACGCUCCCAAGUAACGAGUCAGUAAAUGAAAAUACAGAACAGCUGUAAUUUGAAAGCUAGUGCUGCCAUCGUGUGGUACAUUUACAUUAUCUGAACCCCCAGUUUACAGCACCCUCCACUAAUAUAUACCCUUGGUAAAUAAUGUCUGCUGUUUAUCCGCUUGGUCUUUCAUUCAAAAUAUUCACAAAAUCUAACCUUUUAAUUGAAGUAAAAUGGUAGAAAUAUUUAUUUUAUUUCACAAUUUUUCUAAAAAAAGUGUCACAAUUAUUGGCACCCAUAGAAGUCCUUAAGUAAAAUCCAACUGAAGCAUAUUCCCAUUUGUAUUUUACUUUAGGUUCAACUGAGUGAUUAGGAACACAAGUGAUAAGCCAUGACUUUGUUUCAGUGGUAUAAAUGUGACACACAGGCCAAGUUCCUAUAGCCAUCCAUCACUAUGGGAAUGACACGAGAAUACAGUAAAUGUGACAAAAGGCUACGAUCAGACGUCACCUACAUAACCACAAGCUGCUUGGGAUGGUUGCCAUAACAAAAAUUCAAACAAACUCAAGUGCCUGCGGAACGUUACUAAAACUUUCAAUGGGACCGGGGUUCUAUGGUCAGAUGAGACCAUAGAGCGUAGGCAGACAGAUGGCCAUGCAGAAAAGUACCUCAUCCCCACUGUGAAGUAUGUUGGUGGAUUGGAUGUUGUGGGGCUGUUUUACUUCCAAAGACCCUGGACAACGUGUUAGGAUGCAUGAUAUCAUGGCAGAUAUUAAAACAAAACCUGACUGCCUCUGCUAGGAAGCUUAAACUGGGCCUUGGUGGGAACUUCCAGCAGGACAAUGAUCCAAAGCACACCACAAAAUCAACACAAAAAUGGUUCACUGACCACAGAACCAAGGUUUUGCCAUGGUCGUCCCAGUCCCCUGACCUAAGCGCCGUAGAAAAUCUGUGGGAUGAGCUGAAGAUGAGUCCGCAAGCGUGGACCUUGGAAUCUGAAGGACCUGGAGAGAUUCUGCAUGGAGGGAUGGUCUCAGAUAUCUUGCCAUGUGUUCACCAACCUCAUUACACAUUAUAGAAGACGACUCAGAGCGGUGAGGUUGCACAAAGUAUUAAAUGAAUAAUUGUGGCACGCAUAUAUUUGGGAAAUUUAUAAGAAAAAAAACGUUCCUUUCAAUUGGUUGACUUUAAUUAAAAAGGUUCUAUUUUUUUGUUGAAUGAAAGACCAAGAGGAUAAAAAGGUAUUUGAUCAUAUAUACCAAAGGGUGCCAAUAUUAGUGGAGGGCACUGUAUACCCAGGCCUUUAACUGUUAUAGAUGAGAGAAUUCCAUGUAAAAAUGUGUUUGUGCUUUAGAAUGCAUUUCUAUUGUAUUGCGCUUUAAAAAGUGGCCUUGUAAUUCCCGUCUCACUGAAUACAUGCGUUUCCUGGAAUUGCCUGAAGCCUCUGAUCAACUUUAGUAAAAGCAGCCUGCCUCAAAAAAAACCCUAAGAUACUUCAGGCAAACACCUUACAAUGAUAGUAACACAAUCGGGAUAGUGAAUAAUUUGAGGACCAAUUCUUCUUACAAAGUUGAACCUUUUAUUUACUUUACAUUUAAACAUGUUAACUUGGAAGGUGAGGGGGACCAGGGUUGUUAGAUUUAUAAAAAAAAAAAAUCAAAGUAGUGGUGUGGCAGAGCGAGGAAGAGAAGGCGUUGAGAACCCAGAAGAGAAGGAACUAGUCCACCAUCCCCAAUAAAAACAGACAUAAUAAACAAGGUAACAAGAGGGCGAACAACCUGUACACUUUCUAUAUCACAUUAAGGCUCAAUCCAAUCCCUUCAUCUCUGAUAUAAGCAGUUUAACAUAAGAAUUUCUCGAGUGUGUGUUUGAGCAAGGUCGAUAUGGCAUAUGGAGGGCCAUUAAGUGAAAGCAGUGACACAAUGCAGUCUUUCUCAGAGAAGCUCAAGGGACACAAAACACCAUUUUUAAUAUCCAAAAAGGUGAAAUGACAUCACUUCUGUGUUUAAAGGAAACGCAAAAUAAGUAUCAAACAAGAGGUAAACUGUUGAGUGAUUGAAGAUGUCAAUUAAAUAAAAAAAACUCUGUAUUCCUAGAAAGUUUGUGUAGACCAUCUGAUGCGUCACGUCACACCCCCAAACAUACGAUCCUUCAGCGUUCAACACAGGUCUUUAACAACAGGCCCAGUAGUGUUAACAGGGCACCACUGCUUUGUCCACUCACUGGCAGCCAUCUUCAGCACUUCCCUGCAUUACCCUACUCUUGGCUACAUAAACAUGUGUAUGUGGACAGGCAAAAAUGACUGAGAAGACAGAUGGACAUACUAACGUGGUGAUGAAGAGACCAGCAACGAGGCUCGCAGGGUGGAUGCCUCUUUAUUAAAUCACAACUUUUUUUUUAUAUAGAAUUGCUUACAUUUUUAAACCUAGCAGCAGAAUAUACAAUCUAAGCAAUUUCAGGGGGGGGGGUUCUUAAAUUCACAUUCAUUUUAAACAAAAUCUCAAGUCCCUCCUAAUGAGAAUUAUUGCAUUCACUGUUCUAGCUGCUGCCAUUAAAAAACAUCACAACAAAGUAAAGAGAAGAAAUCUGCGUAUUUAAAAAAAUCACCACAAGAAUCCAAUAUAUUACAACCCUAUCAGACAUUCUUUACAUAACAUAUUUACAUAUUAGGACUUUUAUUUCCUAAAGAAUUGUCUCGGUAACAACAAAUUAGGGCCAAAACAAAAUAAUGAUUAAAAGUAACCAUCAGAAGUAAAUCAGCUGGGCCUAGACAGUGGAAUUCCUCCGUACGCAUGUCAGGAACAUGUCCUCAAUUCCAAUGCUUCCUCACCCUCACAAAAGAAACACGUUUACAUGUCGCCAAGGAGCUAAAUCAAGGGCUCUUUGGUGCAAUUGCUCCCAGCCUCCUCAGUUUCCUUUGUUUUGUCCCCCUCUCUAGAAUAACAGUUAAAUGUACCACAAAAUGUACGCUCACCCCGGUUUCAGCAGCUCAGUGCCUUGCCACACAUUCAAGUACAAAGAAGAAGAAAAGAGCAUGACAAAAGAUCCUCUGGAUAAAACGGACAAAGGUUCUGGGGCUAGCCAGACAUGACACUUCACCCUCCCCACCACAGGGGGUGCUGCGCUCAGAGGACUAGCCCUCGAGGCUAAGUGCUCGCAUUCCAUACAAUGGGCAUUCGUUUUCAUUGGUAGUUUUCUUAGCUAGUUAAUUUUUUUGUAUUUUUGUGUUGUGUCCUUCUUCAUUGUUUCUUGUUUAGUUUCUUGCCUUUCUUCAGGACCAGCUUAUUCCUGAUGUGUCCUCGCUUCCUCUUAGCAGUCUGUGCAAUAAAACAAACUUGAUUUACAAAUAAAUUUUCAAUUUGCAA